AUGAGCAGCACCUUUCUUCACCCACAAGCAAACUGCCAGAAACUGCGCUAUCCGGAGGAGCAGAGCCAGGCGGCGCGCGGCGCCCGGGUGGUGGCCCUGGAGCGCGGCGGCUGCGGGCGCAGCUCCAACCGACUGGCCCGCUUUUCCGACGGCACCCGCGCCUGCGUGCGCUACGGCAUCAACCCCGAGCAGAUACAGGGCGAGGCCCUGUCCUACUACCUGGCGCGCCUGCUGGGCCUCCAGCGCCACGUGCCGCCGCUGGCACUGGCCCGGGUGGAGGCUCGCGGCGCGCAGUGGGCGCAGGUGCAGGAGGAGCUUCGUGCCGCACACUGGACGGAGGGCAGCGUGGUGAGCCUGACGCGCUGGCUGCCCAACCUCACGGACGUGGUGGUGCCCGCGCCCUGGCGCUCCGAGGACGGCCAGCUGCGGCCCCUGCGUGCCGCCGGGGGCGAGCUGGCCAACCGCAGCCAGGCGGAGCUGGUGGACCUGGUGCAGUGGACCGACUUGAUCCUUUUCGACUAUCUGACGGCCAACUUCGACCGGCUCGUCAGCAACCUCUUCAGCCUGCAGUGGGAUCCGCGCAUCAUGCAGCGCGCCACCAGCAACCUGCACCGCGGCCCCGGCGGGGCGCUGGUCUUUCUGGACAACGAGGCGGGCUUGGUGCACGGCUACCGGGUGGCGGGCAUGUGGGACAAGUAUAACGAGCCGCUGCUGCAGUCGGUGUGCGUGUUCCGCGAGCGGACAGCGCGGCGCGUCCUGGAGCUGCACCGCGGCCAGGACGCGGCCGCCCGGCUGCUGCGCCUCUACCAGCGCCACGAGCCUCGCUUCCCGGAGCUGGCCGCUCUCGCCGACCCCCACGCUCAGCUGCUGCAGCGCCGCCUCGACUUCCUCGCCAAGCACAUUUUGCACUGUAAGGCCAAGUACGGCCGCCGACCGGGAACUUAGCGUCCCCCGGAGGAAGAGAGAGAGGGAGAGACCCCUGGCCGAGGAAUGGAUGAUGGGGGAAGGGCCGCCGCCGGGGACCAGCAGGCCAACGCCCAGCCAGUGGCCGGAGCGGGUAGGAGGCUGAAACUUCUGCUUCACCCACCUGCCCCUUUCUCUCGGUCUCCUGCUAUUUCCUUUCAAAGUUCUGGGAGGACGAACUCACUGGGGUAAGAAGUGAAACAUUCCCUCCACCCAGCCUCUGAAAGGAUCCUGCCCUGUGCCAGCAGGGAGUUUGGAUCUGAAGACACGGGCCGCCGGAGUUUGGCCCCCCGGUGGCCGUCUCUGCGGGAGAUGCAUCCCGUUCCUAGGUCCCCUCCUUCCCUUGCCGAAAAAGGAAAACUUCUGUUAGAGCCGUUGAGCUAAUCCUGCAUUUCCUACCAAAUGCCGCGCUGGUGGCCCCGGAGACAAGGCUGUGACAUUGGCUGGUGGAGCCCCCUUCCUGUGUUCCGCCUUUGUUCCAGCACCGUGUUGGUGAGAUCACUGUUGGGAGCUGGGGGAAGGCUCCCGAUAGGACAAAGAGAGCGGGACCUUCGGAACCGGGGGCGUCCUGCAGACCCUGCCAAUCAGUCUGCCUUGUCCCUUACCACUUGUCGUUUUGGCCUAAGGGCUACAAAUGCAGGAUCAGCUAUAUUCACUGAGUCAAGUGAUGAAUUUCUUCCUCCUCCCCCCCCUCUCCCCACCGACCAAAAUUUUGACAAUGAUGAUGUUCACCAGAAGAAAAUGAGUUUCAUGCACUUUACUUUGUUUUUAUUUUAAUUUUUUAUUAAGAAAAACUUUUUUAUUUGACAGAAUUUGCCUUCCGUGUAUAUAUGUGCAUAAAGUGUGUUGUAAAUAUACUAAACAAACUUAUAUUUCAAUAAAAGGGAGUUUAAAAUUUAGAACUUAAUUUAUGUGGGUUUAAGUGUGGGAGAUACCUAUGCCCUACCAGCUUUCUAGAAUAAGCUUUAGGGUUUCUCCCUUGUGGAUGUGCUCUGUAAAACAAAGGAUGCCUAUAUAUCCAGGUCAUGACUAUCAGAACUUGGAGAACUGAACAAAGACAAGAGCAGAUUCUCUAUCCUGUUUGCUCAGAUGAACCCUAGUGUGGAAAUUUCAGAGUUCAGUAUAAAAUGUGGAGGGGAGAGAGGGAAGGAGAGAAUUCUAUUUCCUGGCAAAUAAAACUUUGAUAUAAAAGGAUUUUACUGCAAUAUA